AUGGAAUAUGGGCCAGCUGUACAAAUGUCAAUUGGAUCAAUUUAUCUAUCUGAUUUACAACAUAUUUGCAAAAGUGGUCAUACCGUUGUAUUAUUUUCAAUAACAACCAAUUCUUUAGUACAAGAAUCUACUAAUUUGCUUUACAGAAAAGUAAAAGCUGAUUGUCCUGAUUUUAGAAGUCAUUUUCACAGUGUAGAAAAGUCUCUUGUAUUAGAUUUAAAUCACUUAUCAUGUGUGUUUCAUAGAACUUCAUUCAUAAAAUUUUACAAAUUUAUGCAAUAUAUUACAGAAAAAAUUGGUAAUAGACGUAUUUUUUCAUCUUUAACAAUUGAAAAUAUUCAAAAUUGUGUAAACAAUUGUUUUUCUAACAAUGAUCCACCUGUGCCACAAGGAGCAACAAAGUUUAGUUAUUCUGCUAGAAUUACAAAAUUUCAAAUGUUGAUUUGUGAUACUGAAUUUGAAUUUUUGGACGUUAAGAUUGGUGGCUUAGAAAGUGAUUGCACGUUUAAAGCAAAUGAUCGGAUGGUGUUUAGAUUUUAUGUGAUGAAUAUGAGCAUUGAUGAUUUGUCUCGAAUGACUUUGUAUCCCAAGCUACUAUAUACAGACGCAGAUAAGCUUUUGGAAUUCAAAUAUGUACGCCAUAAUCCCAGACUUUACAAAACAAACAUUGAAGCCCAGACAGAUGAUGUAAAAUCAGAUGGGAGUAUUAAGUUGUACAUAGGACAAGUACAUAUAACAGUUUUAUGCAGUAUUUUAUUAGAUUUUCAAUAUUUCAUGGAUCCAAUCAUUUCUGAAGAACUUGUUGAUUUUAGUCGACGUUUUCGUAAUGUUUUAUUUCCGCUUACUCCAGAUUUUCGAAAUGGAUGGAAGAGUAAAAUGCAUUUGUCGAUAUGUUUACAUUUUCCUGUAGUACUAUUUCCACAGAAUUCUACCUCUCCUAAUGUUAUUUUAUGCAGCUUAGGAGAUCUUACGGUGGAAAACUUUUUUAAAGAGCAAUUGAAAAAAGAUUAUGACAAUUUAGAUAUUGUUGAUAAUAUUUUAGCUAAUUGGGAUGCAAUUAAUGUAUCUAGAGCUAUUAUGACAUUAGAUGGAACACUCGUUAUUCAAGAACCAAUGGUAGAAUCUUUUGGAAUUCGUUUGAACAUUAAAAGAAAUACUACAAACAAACUUUUAUAUCGGAUGAAUGGAGGAAUUGACAAUAUUCAAAUUAAUCUGGGGCAGAAAGAUUUUGCAACAUUCUUACUAGUUUGGGCAGACAAUUUUGAGUAUGGUCAUUGUAUCGAAGAAAUGUUGUAUAUGAUGAUGCCACAUGUUUCUGGGAUCUUGGAAGAUCAAGAUUUAAAAAAAAUACAAGUGUUUUUCAAUCAUGAAACCUCAAUUCAUGAAAUUGAUUUCAAAUUUUCUAUAGAUGGUAUCCAAAUUGCUCUUUUUGCAAAUUCAGAUGAAAUAUUAAGUUCUCCAAUUAGAGAUAUAAAUCAUUCAUUGUGCAGAUUUGAUUUGGACGAGAUAAAUAUUAAGAUAGAUAUGUUUUCAGACGAUAGAGUAGUUUUAAGUACUACAGUACAAAGAUGUAUGUUAGAAGACACCAGGAGACAUAAUACAUCUGAAAAAAUGAUUUUUGAACCUGUUGGUCCAUCAGAUUCAUCUAACGAAGUACAUAUAUCUGUAUCAACUCCACCAUUAUUUGAUUUAUCUUUUGAAAAGACAUAUUCAGGUGAUAGAACAAUUCAUAUUCAUUUGGAUAAAACCAGAUUGAAUUUCUCUAUUCCUUUUGUUGUGGAAUUAACACAAUUUGUAUUGGACUCUUUACCAAUAAAAAGAAAAAAUACUGAUGGAACCUUAGCAUCUCCAAUGGCUAAUGUAGAUAAUCAUAGAAAAUACCCAGAUGAAAAGCGAUCAGUGGAGAGAAAACCAAUGAAUAUUGAAAAGCAGUCAGCUUUAACUAUAUCUGUUCGGUUUGGUCGUCCUGAAAUAGCAAUAUUACCUCCCGGAGUAGAAGAAUUAGACAUUCGAGAUCAAGUACUUUUAUGUCGAACAGAGUUUCUUUUAGAUUAUGGUCGUCAUCCUGGCCAUGAAGAGAGACUUGUUUGUUCAUUAUCAAAUUUUCAUAUUUUAGCAGUGUCAAAAAAAAGAAGAGCUGAGAAGAUGGUUUUGCAUCCAUGUGACAUAGAGUUUUCAAGAACUUUAAAAUCAGGAGACCAUGAUGCAAUAGAAAUUUUAAUUCGUUCUAGUCCCCUAAAUGUACAUUUAUCAACUAGUACAGUUCACAUUAUUCUCAAUGCCAUUGACUUAAUGGAAUUUAAUUACGAUGAAGAUCCUGAUUUUGAUGGAUCGUCUUAUCGGGAGUUUAAAAAUGAUGAUUUAUGGACUCCAAAACCCAUAGUACCUAGUACUGUACCUAACAAAUUGGUACCUAAAAGAACAUUUUUUUCAUUUUUCCAAUCAAAGUUUUCGGAUACUAUGGAUGUGAAAUCAGAAAAUCUUGAACUGUAUGUACAAGACAUUAACGUGUCUCUAGAACUAGAAGAACUAGAUUUAGAGGACAUUCCUAUGAUCAUGUUAAAAUCAUCAUUAAAAAUUCAAGUAAAAGAUUGGUCAGAUCAGUUUAAGUUAAAAGGGGGUCUAAAUUUAAAAGCUUCAUACUUUAAUUGUAAUUUGAGUGUUUGGGAACCGUUUAUUGAGCCUUGGAAUGUAAAACUGAAAGGUUUCUUGGGUAAGUUCAAUGUAAAAAACAUGGAUUUGGGUGAUGUAUUGGUACAAUCAGCUCACCAAUCUAUUGUGGAAGGUGAGAGUGAAAGUUCAGAUGAUGAAAGUGAAGCUGAAAUGAAAUUCAUUAGAAAAACAGUGAAGUCAAGGGAAACUUCACUUGAAAAAUGGUACUCUGAUGAUUCAGAUUCAGAUCAGGAAACAGGAAUUAUGGAUAAAUUAGCUAAAGCUAUUACACAUUUAAUAUCUGAUGAAUGUAGUGAUGAAGACUUAACAAAUUCAGAUUCAAGUGAUGAAAGUGGAGCUGAACAGGAAUCCAGAAAUAUUAGUCAAGAAAGGAUAAAGAAAAAAAUAAGUUACUCUAGUGAUUCUGGUUUGGAAAAUGAUUCUGAAGGACUAGAAACAUCAACGUAUAUCAUUUUUGAAACAGAGAGGCUAGAAGUAUCAUUUACUCCAGCUAAUAUAUCCGUUAUUGAUACACUCAUAAAAUCGUUGUGUAAUCCAAAAACUGAUGAUUGUGAUUCAACUGAAAGUUUUGUUCUUGUUAAUGAUCUUGCAGUGAGAUCUAUUGUUAUGUUAUAUCAAAAAACUGAGAAAGGAUUAGAACAAAUAUUAGAAGCAAUUGAUGGAUCUAGAACAUCUUCAAUAUCCAGACAAAGCAUGUCUAACGAUUGUACUUUUGUAAAUAAUUUAACAAAAAAAAAUAAUCAUGAAAAUAUUGAUGACAAUUCUAGUGAAAUGAUGUACAAGAAAAUUACUGACUAUCAACUCAAUAUAAAAGUUGAAGGUUUUGAUGAUUUAAUUGUGGUUUGUCCAAAACGAACAAGCAAUAAAUUACAUGCUCUUUCUCCAGUCAAAAAUGACACACGGUAUUGGAUUAUGGUAUCUGUAGUGUCAAAAAAGCUGAGCCACAUAAUAACAAUAAGAUCGCCUUUAAUGUUGAAAAAUGACACAUCAUACCCUUUGAUGAUCCAUUAUAACCGUACUGAAGCAAUAGAUACUUUUGAAAUGGAUACUGGAGUUGUAGAGGAGUCUGACAAUCCUUUUGAAUCAACAUGUACGUUGGCAAUUCUUGAAGCUGGAUCAAUUUUUAAUGUGCCAAUAGCUUUAGCAUAUCAUUCGAAACUUUUCCUAUCUCCUGCUAAUUUGCAGAAUUAUCUUGUGAGCGAUAGUGGUGUUUGGUGGCCAGAUUUGUCCGUUGAUACCAGUUGUGCAAAAGAAUUAGUAUGUGCUACAUCUAAAGUUGACGAACAACCAAAUUUUUCUAUUCGGGUUGUUUGUGAAGAAGGAGAACCAGUUUUUAACCGUGCUUCAAGAACAGUGCCAAAUUAUACUCUAAGAGCAGUUCCUCCAGUAGUCAUACAUAAUUUUCUCCCGUUCGCUAUAGAAUUCAGUUUUCCAAAUUUCAGGCACCAUAUUGAAGCUUCCGAAAAAAUUGAUGUUUACAUGUUAAAUAUUACACAUAGGGUUUUGAAAACUGAUUUAAUUGUGCCAUCAUAUCUUGGUAUAUCGUGGUCUGGAAGCUUUAACUUGCGAAAAGAUAUAAACGAAAAAACUGUAAACAUGAGUACUGAACAUGAUACUGACGGUGGUAACAAACAUUUGAAAAUUGCAAUAAAAAUUACAAAUGAAGAUUCUUGUCGUAUUUUCAUACAUUCACCAUAUUGGAUUGUAAAUAAGACAGGAUUACCAUUACAAUUAAGGGGAUCACGAUCAGAUAUUGUGUAUGAAUCACACACUGAAGAACCAUUAUUGUUUUCAUAUAAACGCUUAAAAAAGAGAUGUAUUAAACUUAGGGCGUACCAUUCAAAUUGGUCUUCAGCAUUUUCAAUGGAUACAGUUUACUGUCCUGGACUUGUAAUUUGUAAAGAUAAAGAACGCCAGAAAAAGUACAGAAUUUUAAUGAAGCCAGUUUUAUCUCACUUAUGCCCUCAUUUAACAACAAUCGUCACAUUUUUACCAAAUUUCUCUGUGGUAAAUAAUUUCAACAGAAGUUUACGAUUCAUGGAGGAUAAUCAAGAUGCAGAUUUAUGGACAGACAUUUUACAAGGACAGACAUUACCAUUUUGGCCUGAGACUGAUUCAAUGAGAAUGUUUGUUAAACUUCGAGAUGGAAAAUCCGGAUCACAACAUUUUUCAAUUAUAAAAGAAGAGCAGACGGUUCUUAGAAUGGAUAAAGGACGAGCUCUUGUAGUUAAAAUAACAGGUGGAGGCGAAAAUCCGUUUUUAAUAAGUUUUCACAAGUUCUGUCAAAAUGAUGCACCAGUAAGAGUUGAUAAUAUGUGUGAUGAAAUUUUUCUAAAAAUUCAUCAAAAAAAUUUAGGACAAGUAACAUUACUAAGUCCUCAUCAAUCUCUAUUAUAUACUUGGGAUGAUCCUACUGAAGAACGUGUGCUUUACUGGAAUGCAUAUAGCAAAAAAAACAAAAGUUAUGUAGCAGAGUUUGAAAAAGAUGGAUUUGGACAGAAAAGGAUAAGUUUCUGUCAAAUCAAACCAGCCGAAAUUGCAAAUAUCAACUUAAAUUUUAUUAAAUUAAUUACAAAUCAACAUCUUGAAUCGCCCGAUUCAACUGAUACGAGUGAUUCAGAUUCUGAUGCGGGACCACCUAUUAGAGUACCUAGAACCAAAAAAUCUAAGGUUGUGGUUUACUGGGUAAGUUAUAUGGAUGCCGCAGGUCAAAGAGUAUUGCUUUUUACCCAAGACGAAAAAGCAGCAGCAGUGGCACGUAAAAAUAUUGAAAAUAAUCAAUCUAGUAUUGACUUAAUUGUAGCCAUGGACGGACUGGGAUUAUCUCUGAGUACUUCUCGUGGUGUUCACACGGAGGAAAUUGCCUAUUUAAGUUUAACAGAUUCUACUUCUGAAUGGAUGGUGAGAGUAAGAAAUGUCUGGAAACCUUUUACAGUUGAACUUGCAUGUUGGUUGGAAGAUAUGUGGAAAAACGAUGAUAAAAAAGCACAUUUAAAAGAUUAUGUCCAUGUGGAUUUCGACAAAAUGCAAAUGAUAAGACCAUUUUUUGGACAUCUUCGUCGUUCGUAUAAUCCUGCUGCACGGAUUCGAUGUAAAUUUACUUCAAAAAGUACUACCGUGUGCUUCAAAAUUCAUAGAAUACAAUUGGACAAUCAGUUAUCGGACAGUACAUUUAAAACUGCAUUGUAUCAAACAUCCGUGUGUAAGACAUUUCCUCGAUAUUGUAAACCAUUUUUGGAAAUAUCGUAUUCUAAAACACCAAUUUCUAAUCAUUACGACGUUUACAAAUAUUUUGAUAUAAGUCUUCAAGACUUUACCGUACAACUCGAUAGAACAUUUGUGGUUAGUAUGCAUAAAACUUUAUCACCACUUCUUGCAGUUUUUGAAUGCCCAUUAGAUGCGAGAUUUAGACAAGACGUAAGUUCACUUCAUGCACCUAAUAUACCACCGGGGAGAAACCCUGGUAAGGUAUUUGUUGAGUAUUUCCAUUGUUCUCCAUUUAAUGUACAAUUAAGUUUUUCGGCUAAAGUACCAGAACUCAGCCCCUUGAAGAGCUCCAAUAGUUUUGCAACAGAUGCUCUUUUGUAUAUACUCGAUGGCCAUUCGAACCGUUUAAGUGACGUAAAAGCCGUAAAUCUCAAUGUGAAUAGCUUAACACGAAAAGGACUUUAUAAAGAAUCAUUUAAGUCAAUGGUUAGUUACGGUUUAAAAAAUUACGCACGGCAGUUAUUAAAACAAUGCCAUGUUUCUAUUUUUAAUUUGGAUGUAUUGGAAAACAUUUACGAAAUGGAUGAGAUUGACGAAAAACUAAACUUUGAAGAAUACUUAGGGCCUUUUAUCGAAGAAGUACAAGGUUCAUUUAGAGCCAUUGAAAGUGUAGAAAAAUGGAAUUUUGAGGAAAUAUUUCCGGAACGAAUGAUUUCUGUUCACAAAGGUACAGAAAUGUCAGUUUUGUUAUCUAUGUCUGGUGCAAUACAAAGACCUCAUAUUGGUGGAGAGGACGAGAGUGCUGCAGAGUCGUUCUUUAGAGGUCCCGGUCGGAACUUACUGGCAGUCCUGUCAAAAUCUAACGUUUCCGAUAAGGUGUCAAUGGCUUAUGAUGGAGUUAAAAGAAUUAUUGAGUCAGGCGAAGAGGUAGUGAUGCGAACACGAAUUCCAAGAUAUGUCAAUCCAAUGGGAAUGAAAAGCUAUUCUACGUAUGAAGCUGUUGGUCUACAUUUGUUUAAAAUGUUGAGUCGUUCUCUAUCAAAUGAUGGUUAUUGGGCGCACGUGAGCUUACUACCAGAGGGGAAAAAAGUCUUACUUAUUACAUUGAGACGAGUAAUUUUAGCUGAAAAAUACCGCACUAAAGGACCAUGGGAAAUCGAAUGGAGUAUUUAUGUUGAUAACAUAAUCGAUGUACCAACAGUUGAAGAAAAUAAAUUAAGUUUCAAAGUUCGGCAAGAUGAACAUCACUCGAGUUAUUUUUUCCGUGGUGAUGAAAAAUGUAUCGAAUACAACGAUAAAACAACAUUGAAAUGGAUUAAGAAUAAAAUUCAACAAGUUAUGGUUUUAGGAUAUGAGGAUAAACCUCUCAAUUCUUAA